AUGAGGCGCGCACUGCUCGUGGCGCUCCUAGCGGGGAUCGCAUCAGCCACUGGAUGGCACGGAGGCGGCGGCGGCGGUCACGGAUGGCACCAGCACGUGCCCAUCAAGCUGCUCGUGAAGCACGUGCACAAGCCCAUCCCGGUGCCCAAAUAUGUGCCCGUGCCUCAACCGUACCCGGUGCACAAGCUGUACCCCAUCUUCAAGCCAUUCCCUGUCGCUAAGCCUGUGCCACAGAAAUACGUGGUCCACCAGUACCACAACAUACAGAUUCCAGUUCCUGUGCUGAAGUUGAUGCCACACCGUAUGUCCAUUCCCAUACCAAGACCUGUGGCGCUGCCUAUACCAAUUCACGUGCCCAAGCCAGUGAUCGUUCCAGUGCCGAAGCCCGUACCGGUCAAGAAGCCGUAUCCGGUUCCCGUGCAUGUCCCUGUUCCCAAGCCAUUCGUGGUACCCAUCUUUAAGUCAGUUCCCGUACCGGUGCCAAAGCCAAUCCAUAAGCUCAUUAAGGUCAUCAAAGAGAUCCCUGUCUACAUCAAGAAGCCGGUUCCCAUAUAG